UUCAUGUUGUUUGUAUAUUUGAUCGUUCUCUGACACAUCCUCCCAAAGCGGAAGCUUCAAUUGCGCGGUUUUGAGCCGGUUGCUGGGCAUCGAGGAUGGUGGUUCCCGGGCCAAUCACUCCGGGUCAGGUGUCUUUUGUGCUGGGUAUUAUUCCAGUUUUCGUCGCAUGGAUAUUUUCAGAGUAUUUGGAGUACAGAGAACAUUGUCUCCUCCUAAAAGUCAUUCAGAUACCGGUCUUGAUGAAUUGGCCAAGGGUACAAAGGAAGAUGAUCAGGCUGUUUUGCUGGGAGCAGAGCUUGCCAGACCAGCAUCUGCAAAAUUCCAAGCUUCAUCCAUCAAAUUGAAUAUCAUUAGGUUUUUUGUUAUGGAUGACUCUUUCUUGCUGGAAAAUCGAGCAACUUUGAGGGCAGUGUCUGAAUUCGGCUUGAUUCUGCUUUAUUUCUACCUAUGUGACCGCACAAAUUUACUGGGAGAUUCUACAAAGAGUUACAGUCGAGAUCUUUUUCUCUUCCUCUACCUCCUUCUGAUUAUAGUUUCAGCCAUGACUUCUUUGAAGAAGCACAGCGACAAAUCAGCAUUUUCUGGAAGAAGCAUAUUUUACCUUAAUAGGCAUCAAACAGAGGAGUGGAAAGGAUGGAUGCAGGUCCUCUUUCUAAUGUACCAUUAUUUUGCUGCAAUGGAGAUAUACAAUGCAAUACGCGUUUUCAUUGCUGCAUAUGUUUGGAUGACUGGAUUUGGCAACUUCUCCUAUUACUAUGUCCGAAAAGAUUUUAGCCUUGCACGCUUUGCUCAGAUGAUGUGGCGGCUUAAUUUUUUUGUGGCCUUUUGUUGUAUUGUGCUUAGCAAUGACUAUAUGCUCUAUUAUAUAUGUCCAAUGCACACCCUUUUUACUUUGAUGGUGUAUGGAGCGCUGGUUGUUUUUAACAAGUAUAAUGAGAAAAGCUCAGUUAUGGCUGCAAAGAUUCUCACAUGCUUUCUUGUGGUGAUCUUGAUUUGGGAAAUUCCUGGAGUCUUUGACAUUUUAUGGAGUCCAUUUGCUUUCUUUUUAGGGUAUACUGAUCCUGCAAAACCUGAUGUCCCUCCAAUGCACGAAUGGCAUUUCAGAUCUGGACUUGAUCGCUACAUCUGGAUAAUUGGAAUGAUCUAUGCCUAUUUCCAUCCAACAGUUGAGAAAUGGAUGGAAAAGUUGGAGGAAUGUGAAACCAAGAGGAAAAUCACAAUCAAAACAAUCAUUGUUUCAGUUUCUUUAUUAGUUGGAUAUUUAUGGUAUGAAUAUAUAUACAAGCUGGAUAAGAUAACAUACAACAAGUUUCACCCCUACACCUCAUGGAUUCCGAUUACUGUUUACAUAUGCUUGCGGAAUUUCACACAGCAGUUUCGCAGUUUCUCUUUGACCCUCUUUGCGUGGCUGGGAAAGCUAACUUUGGAGACUUACAUUUCACAGUUCCAUAUCUGGUUGAGAUCAAACAUGCCCAAUGGACAACCCAAGUGGCUUCUUUCUAUUAUUCCGGGCUAUCCUCUGCUCAACUUUAUGCUUACAACUGCUAUAUACACCUUGAUAUCCUAUCGACUUUUUGACUUAACAAACAUGCUUAAGUCAGUGUUCAUACCAACUAAAGAUAAUCAACGGCUGCUGCAAAAUUUUCUCGCUGGAAUUGCUAUUUCUCUUUCUUUGUAUUGCACCUCGCUGAUUCUGCUUCAGAUUCUCAAUCAGUGAUGGCUUGAAAAUUCAAGACAUUAAAACCAGGCCCCUCCAUUCAAAACAAAAGAAAAAUAGGUGGAUUAAAAUAAGGAUAUAUGAAAAUGUUAGUUCUCUCAAAGUGCUCCGGCGGCCCGUCUGCAAAGUUCAUCAUACUAUCAUUCUUCGUUACCGCAUCAGAUACAAAAGUUGAUAAAUCGUAGAGGUUGGGAAAAGAAGGGGCUGAACCCCAUAGCAAGUUCAAAUCAAUUUUCCAUACAUGUGAUUGUUCUUACACUUGAAAGAGAUACACGUGGGGAAGUGUUAUUGCGUUUGCCUCCAAGAAAUUCAAGAUUUAGUUACUUGUUUAUAUUCUGUAGCAGUACAUCAUUUGUGAAGGUAAAGGCAAGUUUAUUCUUCGUAGUAACAGUUGCACUGUCUUAAUGGCCAGAAGUGCCAAUAUAGUUUCGCUUUUUUAAUUAUUCUUACGAGAACAAUAAAAUGUAACUAUAUAUU